CUUAUUCGCAGCCGUGAAAAAGGAAAUGGUGUCGCUCAAGCUACAGAAGAGGCUCGCCGCCAGCGUCCUCAAGUGCGGUAGGGGCAAGGUUUGGCUCGAUCCCAAUGAAGGCAAUGAGAUCUCCAUGGCCAACUCCCGUCAGAACAUCAGGAAGUUGGUCAAGGAUGGAUUUAUCAUCAGGAAGCCAACCAAGAUUCACUCACGCUCUCGUGCUCGGCGCAUGAAGGAGGCUAAGAGAAAGGGCCGUCAUUCUGGAUAUGGUAAACGUAAGGGUACCAGGGAGGCAAGGUUGCCAACUAAGAUUCUAUGGAUGAGAAGAAUGAGGGUGCUGAGGCGGUUGCUUCGUAAGUACCGAGAGUCAAAGAAGAUUGACAAGCAUAUGUAUCAUGAUAUGUACAUGAAGGUUAAAGGUAAUGUUUUCAAGAACAAGCGUGUGUUGAUGGAGAGCAUUCACAAAUCAAAGGCUGAGAAGGCCAGAGAGAAGACCUUAUCUGAUCAGUUUGAGGCCAAGCGUGCCAAGAACAAGGCAAGCAGGGAAAGGAAGUUGGCUCGAAGAGAAGAACGCUUGGCCCAGGGUCCACAGGAGAGAGCCCCGGCAGCCCCAGCGGCAACGCCUGCUGCACAACCUGCACAGGCAUCAAAGAAAUCCAAGAAAUGAGGCUCUUCCCAAUAUGUUGGAUGGUUUUAUGGUUUAUUUUAGUUAUCUGUUCGUCUUUAUUUCAUUUUGUUUGGGGAUAUAUUUCUUAUUUAGAAGGAGAUUUACACUCUUGAUACAAUGAAUUUUGCUUGCUUAUUCUAUUUUGCUUUGUUGUAUUCUCUUUUUCAUAUAUUUGCCAAUCGGGUGAGAUUACCAA